UAGAAAGCUCUCUGCUGAACGUCCUCCCCCGGGGCUCCUCCCGGGACACCAGCCUUCGUCUUCAGCGGCUCGCGCAGCCCAGGACUCGCGGGUGACCGCGUCCCCACCCCUCCGCGCUCCAACGACGGGGCGGCCGGUGGCAGCCGGUGGCGGUGGUGUUUCGGUUUUCAUUGUUGUGUGGGCUCUUUUUGGUUUUUGGCUUUUUUAACCAAAAAAAAAAAAAAAAAAAAAAAAAAAAUACUCAAAAACAAUUAAUGAUCAGACCUAGGAAAAAACAAAAACCCCCGAAUAGAAACAAAACCUUUGAAAUGCUGGAUUCAAAAAACCAAAAGUUAUGUGGACAGCUCCUUUGAGACUGUUAAAAAACUGGUACAGCAGGUCUCCACAGCGCCAAGAUCUAACUAAGCUUUAAAAGGUCAAGAAGUUUUAUGGCUGACAAAGGACUCGCGCCCUGCGGAGGGCCUUUCCCACUCUGAGCUUCGGGAGACUUGGGGACUUUGCCCCCACCCCUUCCGUGUGUCCGAGUCGCAUCUCUGCGAGCGAGGGCCCAGAUGGUUUUGCAUGGUUGAUCCGAGGGAGAGAGGCGGGCGGGGUGGCGUGGAGGCGGUCAGCUCUUACCUGAGGCUCAUGGCACUGCGCUGCCCGGCGGGCCCUGCUCCUGUCGCGUGAUGUCGCCUGCCAUUGGUUUUUGCUUGGGGAUAGCUGGGAGUAUGGCCACCCUGCUCCACGAUGCGGUAAUGAAUCCGGCAGAAGUGGUGAAGCAGCGCUUGCAGAUGUACAACUCACAGCACCAGUCCGCCCUCAGCUGCAUCCGGACGGUGUGGAGGACCGAGGGGUUGGGGGCCUUCUACCGGAGUUACACCACGCAGCUGACCAUGAACAUUCCCUUCCAGUCCAUCCACUUUAUCACCUACGAGUUCCUGCAGGAGCAGGUCAACCCUCACCGGGACUACAACCCACAGUCGCACAUCAUCUCAGGAGGGCUGGCCGGGGCCCUGGCCGCAGCUGCCACAACCCCCCUGGACGUCUGUAAGACCCUCCUCAACACGCAGGAGAACAUGGCGCUCUCCCUGGCCAAUGUCAGCGGCCGGCUGUCGGGCAUGGCCAAUGCCUUCCGGACGGUGUACCAGCUUAACGGCCUGGCGGGCUACUUCAAAGGCAUCCAGGCCCGCGUCAUCUACCAGAUCCCCUCCACUGCCAUCUCCUGGUCCGUCUAUGAGUUCUUCAAGUACUUCCUCACCAAGCGCCAGCUGGAGAAUCGAACUCCAUACUAAAGGAGCAGGCUGUGGGAAGUGGUUCCAGAAUCUUUUGUUCUCAGAAGGCUUCCUCUGCCUGCCUCAGUCCCCUCGCCCUCACACCCAGGGUGCUCCUGGUGGGCCCUUAGAAAGAAGGGAGGACCGGACACCUGCUGACCUGAUGGCUGUCCCUGGGGACAUCCAAGGAGGCAGUGGAAGGGAAGGACUUUGGAAGGGGAGCGAGAAAAGACUUUCUCCUCCUGCCCCGAAAAGAAUGUAGCUUUUCUGCUUCACUGUGACAGUCUCCUCCGUAGAUCCUUAGAUCACACAGCAGGGAAGAGGAAGCACAGUGACCAGUCACAUUAAAGGAAGAGAGUUUAUGUAUAUAAAGGUUCCAUUACACAGUCUAAAAUAGGUGGAUAAUGUUUAUCCUUUAUUUUUCUACGUAGAAGUUUUUGAAUUUGUGUGUGUGCUCGUGCGUGUCCAUAAAUAGUAUUACAGCUGGGACGACCGCGUUGUUUUUAAAAAAUGAGUGCUGAAUUCUUCCAUCAUGCUCAGUUCAAAGGCACCCAAGUAAUCAAUGGCUGAAUGUGGCCUGAAACUGUGUAGCACCCUCAGAUAGAAGUUUCACUUGAAUGUAAAUAAUAAAUGUUAAGUUAAUAUUUGAAUUUCUCUUUUACUGGGGGAAAAAGGUACGUUAAAAAAGAUCAAAAUGAUAUAUUACUUGCAGUUUUUUUUUGUUUUUUGUUUUUUAAAUUCAAUCAGUCACCUUCAUGUGCCUUUUUCCUUUGUCCUUCCUAAAAAUUCCAGGACCAAAGAUCAGGCCCUGGCGCAUUUUCUCCCGCUGUGUACAAACACGCACACGUGUGGGGCGGUGGGCUGCUUACGCUGCAGGUUGGUGGCCCCAGUAGCAUCAGGUCGACUCGUCUUCACCCUGCUGAGACUGGGUCCUCCCUUGGGAGAGGCAUGGCUCUGCCUCCCGGGUCAGCACUUAGAAGCCCUUGAUAUGCUAGCAUUUGGCUACGUUGGGCAGGUCUUUGGGAGAAAUCCUGCCUUUAUCCCGGGACUUAUUUCUGUGUCGCCUCUUUUCUCAGGCACAUCGGGUCACUUGGUCUCUGUUUUGACCAAGUCUCCUCCUUAUCUAUGUUUCCCCGUGUAGUCUAGAGAUUUAAAGAAGAAACACAGCCAGCCUAUUUCUGGCCCUUGGCCAUCCACCUGCCCUGUCCCAACCAUCAAUUCCCCCUUUACAACCUCUCACUGCUCAGUGACAAGACCAGGCCAUCCAGCCUGGGCCCUGUUGCUGAAUCCUGACCUGAACCCUUAUGUGCAAGCUAAAGGACUCUCUCCAGAUCCAUUCUUCAGCAUUGACUGCUUAGUGUCACCUGAGAGCACAAGGCCCCACUGCCUUUUCUGAAAUGGAGUCAGAUUGUCGCUAAGAGAAAAUAACAAACCUGUUUCCUCUGGCCAUGCCACUCCAUGUGCUUCCAGACCACCAUCCAAGGGAAGACUGGAUGGCCUCACAGUUCAGCCUGACUACGAAUGAGCAGGAAGCACAUGUGUCUUCAUUUUAAUGGACCAGGGUACUAUGGCAGUGGCCAGUGGGGUGCCUUGUGCAGGGGGCUCUGCCUGGGCUCCUUUGGAGGGCAUGACUGUCUGGGAAUCAGGUUGUACUCAGAGAAACUUCAUCUGGGGACCACGCACACAGUGCCUCUGGGUGGGGGUUUUGUCCCAGUAGCUAAGAGAAGUUGUAUAAUAAAAGAAUUGACUUCCUUUUUCAGAUCAAGGAGGGGAGAAAGCCACUUUGGUGACCUCCCAUGUGUGACCCGUGAGCACAUCUGCUGCUGGGCUGUGGGUUGGCUGCUGACCUGCCCCUCCUUGGGGUGAUACCCCUGGCCUCAUGGAAACCCACUGCAGCAGUGUCCUGUGUUCCUAGGGCUGCAGCGAGCCAGUGCUGGUGCUGGUGUUGCUGCCAAAAGUGUGCCCCCUGCUCUCCAGCCCUGCGGCGGGUCAGUGUGAAAUAGUGCUCGGUGCUGCGGGUCGGGGAGGACGUCAGGUUGCAGAUCCUAAAGCAGAAUUUAAAUCAAAUGCUUCCUGCCACCCUUUCCAUCCACUGAGUACACCACCAUGCUGCAAAAUCCUUACUUCCUGUAGGAUUUUGUCCUCAGUGAUACAUUGACAACGGAAGCUCUUGACUUCCGGGAGAGCCUCUUUGGUUAGGGGAUGCAGGAUGGAGAAUCGGAAAUGGGACUUGACUCUCUGGGCUGGGAGUCCAAGGCUCCUCUUGACCCUCCCCUCACUGUGAUGGUGGAUGGGUUGACGGGACGGUCACCUGUCCCACCAAGUCAUCAUGAGGUGGAGUGAGUAGAUGUAUCUGAAAGGCCUUUUCAAGUCGAGAAGCACUAAACAGGAGUGUUUGUUAGUUUUGUGGUAAUUGAUUUUUCCCCUCACCCUUAGCUUGAAAGUUGAUAUUUUCACCCCAUGCGGACUGUAGCCCAUAGGCUGAUUGUGAUUUUGACAUAUUGUGAUUUUGACAUAGUAAAGUGUGAAAUAGGAAAAUGCUUCCCCCUCCUAGUGACCAACUUACUCAUGGCAGAUUCUUGGUCAUGAGUGACAUCGCAGUCUGGCAAAGUAGGAAGUACUCUUACUUAAAAUGACAGUGUGCGUGUUAUGAGCAUUAGGUGUCUCUCAGACAUGAUUGGAGGUUCAACCACUUGUACAUCAGAGUUUAGAAUAAAACAUUGAUUUAUUUUUUUCAAAUGGGAGAAUCAUCCAUCCAUGACUAUGUUCUCUUAACUUUGGAUUGAAUCUAGCUAUUCUGCUUCUUUGUUUUGUAAUGCUUGAUGUCUGGGUCCAACAACCAUCCCCCAGGGGCCUCGAUAGCUGCAUCUCCAACACAUUGUUAUGCAUAUGAGGUUUUACUUAACUUUAUUUAAGGAUGAUUGUGUCUGUGAAAUACAAUUGUACUGCUGCUUCCUACCCGCAAGAUGCACGUUGUAUGUGAUAAGGGUGAGCAAGGUGUUAUUUCUUAAGCAUCUCUGCCUUGCAGUCGCCGCCAGCUCUUUGAAGAAAUAGAGAAAUGUGCGCUCGUGUGUGGGGGUGUUUCUGAUAUGCUGCUACAGUUGUAUCACUGGAGCUACAGAAAAUAAAGCAUUGAUC